AAGGGCUACUAGGCUGAACCGAGGAAUGGAAAACCUGCCUUAUGAGAGGGGAUCUUGGCUUGCUUAGCCUGGCCCAACACAGGCGAGGGGAGAGCUGAUCGCUGGCUAUAAAUCCGGCCGAGGGGGAACACCAGGCAGGGAGAGAGCCCAAGCGAUGCCCCUCCGUCCCCGGGAGGCAGGGAAAAUAUCUUGGCUGCUUCUGGAGGGGUGGUGGUGUCUGUGAGGCACAGAGAAUCUGGGCCAGAGCGCAGCAUUGAACCUAGAGCGCUUUAGCCACAAGGGCAUCCUGCCUGCCUGCCUGCCUAGCCAUGGCCCACAUGCUUGUGCUGAGCAGCCGCAAACCCACACCGCAGGGGCCUCAUGCUGGACACCACGGUGUGACGGUGCCAUUUGCAAGUCGGAGUGUCUGGCCCUCCUCCAGCACGAUGAUUCUGGCCUCAGUGAAGAUGUUCUGCCGCGGAGGCUUAGCUCCUAGCUGGAGGCUGGCAGCUGCCAGGAGAGCACUUGACUGGCAGCCGCGCCGGGGUCACCGCCUCACCCCUGCAGACGACGAGCUUUACCAGAAGACAAUGCUGAAGGUGCUGGAGCAGGACUCCUCCAGCAUGACGUUCAUACACAGCUACAGCAGCCGGGGCUUCACCAUCAAUGGGAACAAGGUGGUGGGGCCCUGCGCCAUCAUCCCACACGCCAUCCUGCAGUGGAAUGUUGGCUCUUACCAGGACAUCACCGAGGAGAGCCUGGUGCUGUUCCGGCUGCUGGAGCCGAGAAUAGAAAUCCUGGUGCUGGGCGUAGGGAACAAGGUGGAGCGGCUGGAGCCUGCUGUCCUGAAGUUCAUGAGGGAAUGUGGGAUCGCUGUGGAGGUGCAGGACACGCCUAAUGCUUGUGCAACGUUCAACUUCCUGACAAGCGAGCGUCGGGCGACCGCGGCUGCCCUCAUCCCCCCCAGUGCUGACAGAGCCCUGAUGUAGCGGCAGCUCCGCGGCUGAGCCCGGCUGGCCCUUGGGACUCACACCCAGCCCGUGUACAAAGGGUUAAAUGCCUCCCAGGGCCUGGAACUGGACCAUGAGCUGGUAACAGGAAGGAGAAAAUGCUUCAGAAUAAAGAGUGAGCAGCUGCCCUGCAUGCAGCCUGGUGGUGCUGCUUUCCCUGGGAAGGGCUGCAGGUGCCCCUACCCUGUGCUUCCUUCCUCCUGCACUGGGCCUGGCCAGUCGCUCCUCAGGCUGCUGCCAGGGGAGGGGGCAGCUA